GGAGGGAGAGAUGAGGGAGAGAAGAGUGGAAAAGAGAGGGAGAGAGGAGGCUGAUGUGGCAGCCUGACAUGUGGGGCCCACGUGGGUCCCACGCUGACUCAGCUGCCACUUAGGACAAAACCGGCGUCAAAAUCACCGAAGGACCUAUUGUGGACCUAUAGUUGAGGGACGCUGGAUACCUGGUUUUGUGGUUGGGGGACGAUUUUGUAGCUCGAUGACAAGUUGAGGGACCUUCGGUGUACUUUUUCCCCCUACAUAUCCAUCCGAUCGGUCGUGUCCCGCGACAGAGGCACAGCCCGUACAUUAUUCCCCAGCCCGCACGCGCGUACGCCAACGGCCCAGCGACUGAACGGCCCAGUGGAUGUCCCCAUCUUAGCAGAGAAAGUCAUUGUGUGUGUGACUGUAACUACCUACUGCUGGAAGGACAGACGUAACUAACCACCGUUUCCCCUGCUUUUUUAGCGGCUCCGAACGAUCCAAAUUUCAGAAGCAGCUUCACCACACGAAGCAGGAAUCACCAAAUCCAGAGCAGCAAAAGAGACAAACGGAACCAAAAAAAAAACAGGGUUGGAUCGAUCAGUGGUCACACGGUGGCAUCAUGGUGGUGGGGAGGCCGUCGUCAUCAUCGGUGGCUCGUGCGGUCGUGCUCCUCGCGGCGGCCAUGCUGCUGUCCACGCUGAGCCCGUGCUGCUGCGCGUCGGCGGGCGGCGGCGGCGGCGCGCGGCGGCGUGAGAAGCAGCAGCAGCUGCACCCGGUGAUCCUGAUCCCCGGCGCCGGCGGGAACCAGCUGGAGGCGCGGCUGACGGAGGAGUACGCCCCGUCGAGCCUCGCGUGCCGCGUGUGGCCCGUGGUGCGCGGCCGCGGCGGGUGGUUCCGCCUCUGGUUCGACCCGUCCGUCGUCGUGGCGCCGCUCACCAGGUGCUUCGCCGACCGGAUGACCCUCUUCUACGACUCCGUCGCCGACGACUACCGCAACGCUCCCGGCGUCGAGACCAGGGUCUCCGACUUCGGCUCCACCUCCACCCUCCGCUACCUCGACCCCAACCUCAAGUUGCUAACGGGGUACAUGAACGUGUUGGCGAGCACGCUGGAGAAGGCAGGGUACGAGGAAGGGUUCGACCUGUUCGGCGCGCCGUACGACUUCCGGUACGGGCUGGCCGGGCCGGGGCACCCGUCGCGUGUGGGCAGCGCGUACCUGGAGCGGCUGAGGAAGCUGGUGGAGUCGGCGUGCGCGGCCAACGGCGGGAGGCCGGCGAUCCUCGUGGCGCACAGCCUGGGCGGGCUGUACGCGCUGCAGAUGGUGGCGCGGAGCCCCCCCGCGUGGCGCGCCGCGAACGUGAAGCGGCUGGUGACGCUGUCCGCGCCGUGGGGCGGGUCGGUGCAGGAGAUGCUCACCUUCGCGUCGGGCAACACCCUCGGCGUGCCGUUCGUCGACGCGUCGCUCAUCCGCGACGAGCAGCGCACCGCCGAGAGCAACCUGUGGCUGCUGCCGGCGCCGCGGGUGUUCGGGAACACCACGCUGGUGGUGUCGCGGCACCACAACCGGUCCUACUCCGCCAAGAACAUGACGCAGUUCCUCCGGGACAUCGGGUUCGCCGAAGGGGUGGAGCCGUACCGGGAGCGGAUACGGCCGCUCGUCGAGGUGCUGCCGGAGCCCGGGGUGCCGGUGACGUGCCUCGUCGGCACGGGCGUCGACACCGUGGAGAGCCUCGUGUACGGGGAGGGCGGGUUCGAGGCCGGGCCGGAGAAGGUGGUGUACGGCGACGGCGACGGGACGGUCAACCUCGACAGCCUCGUCGGGCCGAUCAAGGCGUGGUCCGACUCGCCGGAGCAGGUGGUGGAGGUGGUCGAGCUGCCCGAGGUGUCGCACUCCGGCAUCCUCAAGGACAAGAGCGCGCUCGACCAGAUCUUGAGGAUCAUCGACGCCAUCAAUCUGAACGCCACGACCUCAAGCUCCUCCAUCAAUCGAUCGUCUCAGGAUGUUUUGUACAAUUAGAUUAUAUUGCUCGCUUCAAGAUUUGCUUCUUUUAAUCGUUGAGAAUUUGCAAGGGGGUACUCCCUCCUCCGUUUCACAAUGUAAGUCAUUCUAUCAUUUUCUAUAUUUAUAUUGAUGUUAAUGAAUCUAGACAUAUAUCUAUUUAGAUUCGUUAACAUUAAUAUGAAUGUGGAAAAUGCUAGAAUGACUUACAUUGUGAAACGGAUAAAGUAGUUAGCUACCUAUAGUGGCCGGUCAAGUGCAUGUUUUUUGCACGUUAACAAGCCAAUUAAGGCAACAAUAAGAGCAAUUAAAAUGUGUUCCUUUCGUAAUAGUACUAUCAGUAUCAUAUUAGCCUAUGAAAUUCGAGGUCAUUCCUUUCA